AUGGGAUACGAACAGCUCCCUCAAUUGUCAUCAAGCCGUUGGAUUGACGUGAACCGACCAUUGACUAUCGUUCCAAAAGGUAGCGGACGCCGACGCGCUAUCGUUGUCGGAAUCAAUUACGUCGGACAGAAAGGAGAGCUCAAAGCUUGUCACAACGAUGCCAACAACGUUCUCAAAUAUCUUAUUGAGGCACAAGGUUUCGACCCCUCCCAAAUUCUGAUCUUGAUGGACGACGGGAAACACACGGAGCCUACGCGCCGGAACAUUGAAGAUGCCUUUGUUCGAAUGACACAAUACAGUCAACCAGGAGAUGUUGUCUGGGUGAGUUUUUCGGGUCACGGAGGACGCGCCGUGGAUAUCAGUGGCGAUGAGGAUGAUGGAUACGACGAAACCCUGAUUCCUCUUGAUUUCAUGAAGCAUGGUCAAAUUAUUGACGACGACAUUCUGGAUAUGUUCGUCAAGCCGAUGAAGAAAGGCGUCAACGUCACGGGUGAUUUUCGCUCACGGGAUGAUUUUCCAUGGAAGGUCCUUAUGGAUUGCUGCCACUCCGGAACGGUUCUCGAUUUGCCGUACACAUAUUCAUCGGGGGACCAGAAAAUGCGGACCGAGAAGAAUUUUGAUUUUGGCGACGGAAAGAAUGCGACCAACGCCAAAAAACAAAAAGAGAUGGAAAAGGCCGAGCGCAAGGCGGCCGGAGAAAAUUCGGACUCGGACGAUGAGGGCGACAAAAAGAAAAAGAAAAAAGUCAAGGAGAAGGAAGAGGAUCCUAACGAAGGCUUGUACGAUCAGUCACCAAUCCCCCCACCUCAACCCCGACCGCCGACGAGAGACUUGCCUCCGCCACCCACACCACCCAAUCAGUGCUGUAGAAUUCUAUAG